GGACACGUGACUGCGCGGGCGGCCGCGCUUUACGGCGCCGCGCGACAGUUCCCGGUGCUGUGCCCUCGGCUCGCCAUGGCGUCCGGCAGCGGGACCAAGAACCUGGACUUCCGCAGGAAGUGGGACAAGGAUGAGUACGAGAAACUGGCGGAGAAGCGGCUCACGGAGGAGAGGGAGAAGAAAGAUGGCAAACCAGCUCAGCCUGUCAAAAGGGAACUCCUGCGGCACCGGGACUACAAAGUGGACCUGGAAUCCAAGCUGGGGAAAACCAUUGUCAUCACCAAAACUACCCCUCAGUCAGAGAUGGGAGGGUAUUACUGUAAUGUAUGUGACUGUGUGGUGAAGGAUUCCAUCAACUUCUUGGAUCACAUCAAUGGCAAAAAACACCAGAGGAAUCUGGGCAUGUCCAUGCGGGUGGAGCGCUCCACGCUGGACCAGGUGAAGAAACGCUUUGAGGUGAACAAGAAGAAGAUGGAGGAGAAGCAGAAGGAUUAUGACUUUGAGGAGAGGAUGAAGGAACUCCGUGAGGAGGAGGAGAAGGCCAAAGCCUACAAGAAGGAGAAGCAGAGAGAGAAGAAGAGGCGGGCAGAGGAAGAUUUGACCUUUGAAGAGGAUGAUGAAAUGGCAGCUGUGAUGGGUUUCUCUGGUUUUGGCUCAACCAAAAAGAGCCACUGAACAGCUCUGGACUCUCCUCUUUCUCUAAACAGCUUGUUUUUACCCAGGGAACUCUGGAUAACUCUUCAAAGACUUGAUUGAGGACUUGUAUGUAAAUCUCCCAGUAGAAGUUGGCUGGAAGAGUUGAAAAGCAAUUCCAUACUCUACCUGUGCUGCAGAUCAAGCUCUGCCUCUCAUUAGCUUCCCUUCUCCUUCUGUGUCCUAGAUCUGGCUGCUCUGUGGCCGUGUGUGUGCAGGGAAGUGCUCUGUUGGGUACAUUUUUUUGUCAAUAAAGUGCACAUUCUGCACAGGUGGCCUGGUUCAGGAUUAAUCUAGUUGUCAACCAGGCCCUACUUGUCACCCAAGCUAUGUUUGAGAUGCUGGGAGGGAUUCACUUGCUUUUAGGCUCAUAAUGAAGGAAAUGUGCCACAGCAAGCAGUGUGAGAGGUGCAUCUUUAUGGCUUGUGCUGAGCAGAGCUGGUGGCUGCAUGGAGUCUGGGUUGCUGAAACUUUUCUGUGUGUUUUUUUCUGCAAGGGAGACUUCCCUCUUUUUCUUUGUGUUUUAGCCCAUAAUUUCAGUAUCUUUGAGGAAGGGGAGAAAUUCCUCCCCAUGACUGGUCUAGGAUAGAGCCAAUGGAAGAAAGGUGUGUACAAUUUACCAGAAAUAAAUGGAAUGUUUUAAUGGGCC